AAAAAUGCAUCUGAGAAGUUUCAGAAUAUUUUCAAAUAAAUUAUGGAACAUUUUAAUAUAUUGUGCAACAAUUGUAUUCAUUUUUAUUGUAAUAGCGAAAAUCAUCAAAGCGUCGACGUUUCUUCUGACUGAUGGUUAUACAACAGAAGAAAUUCCUGUGGAGGAAGAGACAACAACUGAAGCAAGUUAUGAUUUGAGCACAUAUAAUACAAAGACUCGUAAGGGACUUGUGACUCUUGAAGAGUUGAAUGAAAAGGUAUUAGCGGGAACUGGAAAAGUAGCGGAAACCCACGAACGCAAGAAUAAGAGUUGCUUUGACAAUUACAAAGCCAAGCUGGCUUGCAAUCAAGUCAAGUAAUGAUCAAGGAGACGCUCUUUCAACAAUUUUUGUCCACUAAGAGAAAAGCCCUAUCAAAAUCUCAUACUUUUUCUCAUACAGGUUUUCAACCCACUUGGAUUUGAAAUUAUUUACCCAUCAUUUCCUAUUCCUACGCUUCGAAUGACAAAACUCAUGGAGCCAACCUGUGCAACUGUUUUUUCCGAGUAUCUUGAAACGACAGAAAGUGCAUUUUCCAUGCCUGAUGAAGUAUCAAACGAUGUUCCACAAUUGCAUAAAAACGAUUUUCUAAUGAGCGGGUACGCGGCUUUCAAGCAGGCAUUUCCCAAUGGUGAUGAAAAAUCUGAUUGUCCAAAAAAUUGGGAUAGAAUAUCUGAAUUGAUGGAGUUGGGAAAAGAGGAGCUUAUUAAAAUUUCCGACAAAGAAGACACAGAGUCAAUGUUUUCCGCGUUGCACUUGUAUCCCGUGAAAAGAAUGAGUGGAUUAGUGGUUGGUAGUGUCAUUCCUUGGUUAGAAGUUAUGGCUUUACAACAUGGUGCCGCAAGUAUUUUGACAGUUGAGAGUAACGAACUGGAUAUUGAAGAGGAGUACAGAGAUCGGCUAUCUUCAAUAGACCCGCUUGAAUUUUCCAAAAAAUCGGGAAUGUAGGUACACCGAAUCAUUCGAUUUUGCUGCCACAUUUGCAUUCGUCGAGAGAUCUGGUCUUGGCCUUAAUCGUGAACCAAUGAAUCCCAUCGGAGAUCUUCGCGAAAUUAUGAAAAUAAAAUGCGUUUUGAAACGAGGAGGUCUCUUAUACCUUGGCAUUCCCUACGGUAUUGACUCCGUUAAGUUUCAUUCUCAUAGAACUUAUGGCUCGCUUCGUCUUGCAAUGAUGUUCAGUGGAUUUGAAUGGGUUGCAACGUUCAGUGGAAGAUCUCCAAAACGAGUCCAAUUAAAAGCUCAACAGAAACAAAGUACAAAUUUGUUUGGAACUGCGCGUUAUACUUUUGUGUUGAGAAAGAUCUAAAUGUAAUUUUUUAAAGUAUAUAACCUUGUUUGCUUCAGUUGAAAACUGUAUCUAUUCAUUAAUUGUGUUUCUCAUUUGAUAAAUGUUU